AUGAGUUCUGCAUCUUCCGUGGUCUCUAAUCCAAUGACAAAACGGUUAGAAGGUAAGGUGGCAUUGAUCACUGGAGGAGCCAGUGGCAUCGGUAAGAGCACAGUGAGGCUGUUUGCCAGGCAUGGUGCUAAGGUUGUCAUUGCUGAUAUCCAAGACAACCUUGGCCACUCUCUCUGCGAAAGUACUGAUUCUAAUGGAAAUAUCUCUUAUGUUCACUGCAACGUGACCAGUGACUCAGACAUCCAAAAUGCCGUGGAUAUGGCCAUUUCCAAGUAUGGAAAGCUCGACAUCAUGUUCAACAAUGCCGGCAUCUAUCCUAACUCAGCGUCAACAAUCUUGGCUACUGAUGAUGAAGACUUUAAGAGGGUCUUUGAAGUCAAUGUGUUUGGAGCAUACCUGGGUGCCAAACAUGCUGCAAGAGUGAUGAUCCCAGCCAAGAAAGGUUGCAUUCUUUUCACUUCAAGCGUUACAUCAGUAAUAGGCAGCCUCAGCACCCCACAUGCAUAUGUGACAUGCAAGCAUGCUAUCGUAGGGCUUGCGAAAAACCUAUGCACAGAGUUGGGACAGUAUGGUAUCAGAGUGAACUGCAUCUCCCCAUUUGCAGUUGGAACCCAACUGUUUAAAAAUGCAAAGGGCUUGGAUGACUGGCAGGUCGAGGAAGUAGUUUCUGCAUCCACAUCUUUAAAGGGGGCUGUUUUAAAGCCAGAAGAUAUUGCCGAGGCUGCCCUGUAUCUCGGGAGUGAUGAGUCAAAGUUUGUGAGUGGGAUCAACCUGGUGGUUGAUGGGGGUUACACUGCAACCAAUCCAGUCUUCGCAAUGGCAAUGCAAAGCCUGUUCUCAUGA